CUUCAUAGACGAAUAUAGGGGAUACGUAAAAUUUAUUUCGCUCAUUUGACAUUUCACGCCUUCUCGUUUUACGUUUAGGCACUCACGUUAGUUGUUAAUUGGAAUUUUUUAAGAUUAUUAAUUAUUUUAUAACUUUAGAGUAUUAACAAAAAAUUCAAAAUGGUUAUGCCAGGAAUGUCAAUAGAGAGCUUGAAAAAACACAAGUCGUUAAUCCCAUUAUUCUUUUGUCUGGGUGUUGGUAUGAGUGGUGCUGCUUUCUAUCUGACUCGAUUGGCAAUGAAAAACCCAGAAGUAACAUGGCACCCAAAGAAAAAUCAAGAGCCAUGGGAAKCAUAUAAAGAAAAAACUUACAAAUUUUAUUCUACCAGCACAGAACCUCCAGUCAGUCCAGCUCCUAAAUACUAGAAAUUCAUCUAUAAACAUCAAUAUUGUUUGAUCGGUUAUAUAAAAUGAACAUAGUGUUAUGAAUUUUUUUUUUGCUGUGUUUUCCAUAUUAAAUAAAGAAUUAAUGUUAAAUUGUACUUAGA